UCGGAUUGGAUUUCGAUUUAAAGGGGACGACUCACCGGCGGGUUCGCAACCCUAGUUUUCGAUCUGAUCCUUCCCCGAUCUUCGCCGCCCAUCUUCCCAACUUCCCCCCAUCUCGAGUUUGCGCGCACUCCGGCGAACAUGGCAGCGAUCAUGGCGGGGCGCGGGCAGGGGCUGGAGCAAGAUUUCGAUUUCUUCGUGGUGGUCGACUUCGAGGCGACGUGCGUCCAAGACGCGCGGAUCUUCCCCCAGGAAAUCAUUGAGUUCCCCGCCGUGCUCGUCGACGACGCCACCGGCCGCAUCGAGUCCGUCUUUCGCAGGUACGUUCGUCCAAAACAUCACCCUGUGCUGACCCAGUUUUGCAGGGAACUCACCGGCAUCCGGCAGGAGGACGUCGACGGCGGCGUGGAUCUCGGCGAGGCGCUCUGGCUGCACGACGCUUGGUUGAAGGCGGCGACGGCGGGGGCAGGGAACAAGAGACGCGUCCGCUUGGCCGUCGUGACAUGGGGGGACUGGGAUUGCCGGACCAUGCUCGAGUUCGAGUGCCGCUUCAAGGGCAUCGAGAAGCCCUCGUACUUCGAUCAGUGGAUCAAUCUGAGAGUCCCCUUCCAGGCGGCGCUCGGUGGCGGAGGGCGGGUCAACCUGCAGGAAGCGGUCCGGGCGGCGGGGCUGGACUGGGAGGGCCGCCUGCACUGCGGGCUGGACGACGCGCGCAACACCGCGCGGCUGCUUGCUGAUCUCAUGCGGCGCGGGGUCAAGAUCAACAUCACCGGCUCGCUGGCGCCGCCGCCGCCGAUGCAGAAGCAGCCGGCUCGCACAAGCCUUUGCGGUGGCUCACCGACGCUGGCGUCGGCGCCGUCGCCGAUCCAGCAGCAGCCGCCUCGCACAGGCCCUUUCGGUGGCUCGUUUGCACUGGUGCCGGCGCCGAUCCAGCAGAAGCAGCAGCCGCCGCAGCCACACAUAAUCAACCCCUGCGGUGGCUCCUCUGCGCCGUGCUUCUGGUACUGCGGCGUGGCGAGCAGAGGAGGCAUGGAGCCAGGGCCGACGCAGUCUGGAUGCGGCAACUGGACGCCGGCCAUGGGACCCUACUUCCUGUGGAGCAACUGAACCCAGUGUCGCUCAGCUGCUAGUGUUGAUCGUCCUAGCCAUCAGAAUCUGUCUAGUCUAGGUGUAAAUUUGAUCAUUGAAAUCGAACUUGACCAAUAGGGCUAUUCUUGAUGUAAUCGGUGUCUGAAUUAGUAUUAUCAAUAGAAAUUUCGUUUUAGUUAUGUUCCUUCUCCGCGAAUUUCUGAGACAACAGAAAAUUCAGAUCAGGAAAAACAACCAACUGUGGAUUUCUGAGAUAAGAGCACAAAUGCCUCAUCAUAUUGGAAAAAACAACCUUGUAUCCAAAAUAAUUUCCUUGAACACAAAUGCCUCAACUAUACUCCUAGUCUAUCAGUUAUUGUUCA